GAACGUGGACUUGAGACAACGCCAGAUUCUGGUCCGACUACGUUCUUUCAACUUCGUUCCCAGCUCUACGUGUUUCCUUGCCCCCUCGCCGCCCAUCCCCCUCGUCGCUCUUUUACUUCACCUGUUCUGCAUAAACCAUCAUGGGCGCUAACCUUUCGAAAGCUCUGGGGAAGCUUUUUGGCAAUAAGGAGAUGAGGUUGUUGAUGUUGGGUUUGGAUGCGGCUGGAAAGACAACAAUUCUGUACAAGCUCAAACUCAACCAGUCCGUGACGACGAUCCCCACCGUUGGCUUCAACGUGGAGACCGUCACUUACAAGAACGUCAAAUUCAACGUAUGGGACGUCGGUGGCCAAGAUAAGAUUCGGCCGCUAUGGAGACAUUACUACACCGGGACGCAGGGUCUCGUGUUCGUGGUGGACAGUCAAGACAGGGAGAGGAUAGACGAGGCGAAACAGGAGCUUCACCGGAUAUUGAGCGAUAGAGAGAUGAAGGAUUGUUUGUUGCUCGUGUUUGCGAAUAAGCAGGAUCUUCCGGGUGCUAUGUCUCCGGCGGAGGUCACUGAGAAGCUUGGUCUGCACCGGAUGCGGGACCGCUCGUGGUAUGUCCACCCAAGUUGCGCUACCACCGGCGAGGGUCUCUUUGAGGGACUCCAGUGGCUAUCUCAAAACGUGAAGAAGCGGCAGCAAUAAAUACGUUGAUCUCGUUCCCCAUGUCCCUCAUCCUGGAUUUCGGCCUCUGUCUGUCUAGUCUAAUUACCCUCUUGUGUUGAUACCCAUACUACUUGUCUGCUGAUCUCUUUAUGGCCCCAUACGACGUCCCCUAUGCAUGACGGACACUGAACGUCCAUACGUCCUCCCCCCUUAUCUUUCGUCUCCGUACAGGUUACUCUACAUUCUUGCCAGGGUUUAUCUACGAUAAUUAAUGGAUGGGUGUAACAUAUACGAGUACCGCAUCAGCAUUGAAACUCGCUGAUGCAACGUCGUUCUGGACUUCGAAUUCGGAAUGCAUGUCAG